AUGUUCCCUAUAUUGGUGGUCAGUGGGAAAAACGCCCCUUACAUUGGUGGUCAAUGUGGAAACUCCCUUACAUUGGUGGUCAGUUGGAAGAAUGCCCCUUAUAUUGGUGGUCAGUGGGAAAAACGCCCCUUACAUUGGUGGUCAGUUGGAAGAAUGCCCCUUAUAUUGGUGGUCAGUGGGAAGAAUGCCCCUUACAUUGGUGGUCAGUGGGAAGUAUGCCACUUACAUUGGUGGUCAGUCGGAAGAAUGCCACUUACAUUGGUGGUCAGUGGGAAGUAUGCCCUUUACAUUGGUGGUCAGUCGGAAGAAUGACCCUUACAUUGGUGGUCAAUGGGAGGUAUGCCCCUUACAUUGGUGGUCAGUGGGAAGAAUGCCCCUUACAUUGGUGGUCAGUUGGAAGAAUGCCCCUUAUUGGUGGUCAGUGAGAAGAAUGCCCCUUAUAUCGGUGGUCAUUGGGAAGUAUGCCCCUUACAUUGGUGGUCAGUGGGAAGAAUGCUCCUUACAUUGGUGAUCAGUAGGAAGAAUGCUCCUUACAUUGGUGGUCAGUGGAAAGAAUGCACCUCAAAUUGGUGGUCAGUGGGAAGAAUGCUCCUUACAUUGGUGGUCAGUGGGAAGAAUGCUCCUUACAUUGGUGGUCAGUGGGAAGAAUGCUCCUUACAUUGGUG